AUGUCGGAUAAGAGAGCGAGAAGUCGGCUGGAGCCGUUGUCAAGAACUGCCACUACAACUAGCUCGAUGGCUCCGGUGCAUCCCAUGGAACUCGCUGUUCAAUCGCUACUAGAAUCACCAUUGGAACUACUCAGCUUGAAUCUCAAUUCGCUAUACGAAUCCCAAGUGAUACUUUCUACCAUUUUGAAGAGGUUGGAGUCGAAGUUGAAUGAAUGCCUCAAGAAUAUUGAAGGUGGAGAUGAAAAGGUUAACGAAGACUCCUCCAGUAUUACUACUGAUCAUAGCGAUGAUACUGUCAACCUCGAUACUUACUCAGAAAGAAUCCAUAAACUUAGACAGACUGUGGAGAAAAUCAGUAUGAAACUCGAGAUAGUGGAAAAACGGAUAGACAAAAUAACGAAUAACAUGAAAUGA